AAGAGGAAAACGCCAAUGGGCAAAUUAGAUGAUUUAGAAAUGGAUGAUACAAGACAAGUUGAAGAAACAGAACCAUUAGAAAAAUUCCCUGAUGAUAAGAAUCCUGUAACAGGUGAAAUAGGGGGACCUCGGGGCCCUGAACCUACUCGAUAUGGUGAUUGGGAAAGAAAGGGGAGAGUCACUGAUUUU